AUGGACCCUGAUUCCUCUGAGACACAGAGGUCUCCAUUGGACACCAGAGGGAGACCACUGGGUAAGGAGAAGCGAGUUUUUCUUCUCAUUCUGUGGAUCUUGAAACUAUCUGUGGGUUCUGUUCAUCUUUGGGGGGGGGGAGCACUUGGGGCCAAGAGCGCCAAGGAGGGGAGAUGUAUUUUGACCCAAAGUAAGUUUGAAAUGAGUACAAAUUGUUAGGUGGAUUUAUUGCUUUAUUGUUGGCGUCCGGCACGCUUCCCCUGCACUCCUCUGCAGGUCGUAAAGCAAUUAGCAGAAUUGCACAGCGUCCGUGUUGAAAGGGCAGUAAAAGAAGUCCCACACGUUUCUUCUUUCCUAAUAUCACUUUAUUUGCUCAAAAGUAGCAUAUUUACAAGCCAUAAACACCAUCUGAUUCAAGCUGCAUUUUGCGUCCUUCUCUCUCAGAGUGCAGCUGCGUAACUAAGCUGCUUUCACUUUUCACUCAGCUCACAGCAUUCCAAGCUGCUUUCGUCACGUCCUGGCUUACUUCCCUUGUAAGCGCCUCCUCUCAGCCUCGAGACACAGAAGGUUAACCCUUCACUACACCCAACACCCCCUCUUGUCUCGCGCCUGAGGGGAGAAUCGACCCUUGGUCGUCCCAAACCCAGACCUUCACAAAACUCCCCAUGUCUUUGGAAGGUGAGUGGCUUCGUGAACCCAUCAGCUAGGUUCUUGGCAGAGGGACAAUACUUCAGCGCAACUAAUCCCUCCUGAACACUCUGGCACACAUUCCGAAAGCGAAUGUCUAGGUGUUUAGUUCUGGCCUUGAACUGACCUGACUCUGCCAAACGCAGGCAUGGUUGAUUGUCCUCGAAAACACGUAUCGGCAGACAAUCCACUUCGCAGAGUUCCUGCACCAAACAAGCAUAGAACUCUACUUCUCUGCACACCUCUGAAAGAGCACUAAACUCAGCCUCAGUGGAUGAGAGCGCUAUAAGACUUUGCUUCUUGGAUCUCCAUCCAACUACUGAGUUCCCAAACUUCACCACUAGGCCAGACACAGACUUGCGAUCCUCAAGAUUAGCCCAAUCCGAGUCCACAAAGCAAGUCAGUUUCACUUCUCCUUGUGCUGGCAACCUAAGACAAAAGUCUUUGGUCUCCUGCAAAUACCUCAGAACUCUCUUGAUGCCAUUCCAGGCUUGCACACUAGGGUUUGAUGCCUCCCUGCUGAGCAGAUUGACAGCAAACGCUAUAUCAGGUCUGCUCCAUUGGGACAAGUACAACAAACUCCCUAGGGUUGACUGAAACACUUCAGUAUUUUCGAACGCAGCGAGUUCUACUUGCUGGCUGUCCUUCACAAAACUAGUCUCCAUAGGACUUUUCACUCCUGCACAAUCACUCAUCCUGAACUUCUGAAGCAAUUGCUCAAUUUUACCUCUCUGGCUGAGCAAAAAACUUCCAUCCUGUGCACGCUCAACAUUGACACCUAGAUAGGUUUUGACAGCACCAAGCUGUUUAAGCUUGAAUCGUUUACCUAGCUCUUUGGCAAACUUCUCCGCCUGUUCAUCUGUUUCUGAGAAGAAAAGCACGUCAUCAACAUAAAUCAGCACCAGUUCCUGUGAGUCUCCUGAUCCUCUAAGGAACAGGCAACUGUCAGCAAGACUCUUCCUGAAACCUAGCUUCUCCAAAGCUUCAUUUAGGCACAUGUUCCAGUUUCUAGCAGAUUGACGUAAUCCAUAGAUGGAUUUGUGCAAUCUCCACACAACAUCCUGCCUUGAGUUCUCAAACCCCGGAGGAGGAAUCAUGUACAGCUCCUCCUGGAGAACUGAGUUAAGGUAGGCAACAUCCACAUCAAAGUGGUUUACCUUCCAGUCUCUCUGUGCUGCACAAGCUAAAAGCGUUCUCAGAGUCUCCGCUCGUGACGUUGGCGAAUACACCUCCGUGAAGUGUAUUCCCUUCCUCUGAGUAAAUCCUCGAGCAACUAAUCUGGCUUUAUACUGCGGCUCUCCAGCGUCAGUGGGUUUCAAACGGUAAACCCACCUGGAAUUCUCAGCCUGCUUGCCUGGUGGCAACUCUGUGAGUGAGAACACACCUAGAUCUUUCAUGGACUUCAUCUCUUUGUCCAUUGCUCUGUGCCACUUGCCUGCUUCUUCCUCAGGUAAACUCUGAAUAUCCUCGAAGGAUUCAGGUUCACAUCUUGCAGAACCUACCCAGACGCCUGAAGCGUCGUACCGAUCAGGAGGCCUCCUUGUCCUCGCUGAUCUCCUCAGUGUGAAUCCUGGUGACCCUGCCGCUUCACUGGGUCCAGCUAAAUCAUCCUCAACUUCAGUGUCUUCCCCUCUGACCUGCUGCGCCUCUUGGGCCUUACAGCUGGUCCAGCAGGUGAAGAAGGCUCACUCUUUGGCUCAAACUUGACACUUGCCUGAGGAGGUGUUCUAGGUUCCCCCCUCUGAGGGAUCCUGAGCUGUCCCUGCCUUGGACUCUGUCCCUCUGGACCGUGGUCCCCAGCACCAAGUUCCUCUUCCUCCUCAACAUCUGAGUCAUAGAACUGCUGUGGAAGCACGUCUGGAUUAGCGUGCAGACGCUUCCAACCAGCUUGCUCACAGAACUCAGCGCUAUUGCUGAUAACCAACCUAGACUGGUCUCCACUUGGGUACGCAAACCGCCAGGCCUUUGAGCCAGGCUCAUACCCUACAAAGAUCAUUCUUUUAGAUCUUGGCUCACCUUUCUUGCGUAGAGCCUUUGGAAUAAGCACCCAAGCCUCACAACCAAACACACGAAGGUAGUGUACCUUAGGCUUCCGUCCAUGAAGUAAGAAAUACGGUGUAUUUCCUACACUAGAGUUGUACACUCUAUUCUGCGUAUGGACCACAUAGUGCCAGGCCUGAGACCAAUAUUUCUGGGGUAGCCCUGCAUCCCACAGGAUCGCAGACACAGCUUCCUGCACCGUCCUGUUCUUUCUCUCUGCCAGCCCAUUCUGUUGCGGAGAGUAAGGAGCGGUCAGUCUGUGGCUAAUCCCUUCUCCCUAAAGAAAUCCUGUAAAGCAGAACCAGUGAAUUCAGCACCUCUGUCACUUUGAAAACCACAAACUUUGGUGGAAAACGUUACCUCAACUGCGGUGAUCCAAUCCCUGAUCAUUUUAGCCGCCUCCCUUUCGUUUUCAGAGAGAAGGUCCAAGCAGACCUCGAAAAAUCAUCAAUCAAAAGCAAAGAAUACUUGAACCUCCCAGUGACUCAACAGACAUGGGUCCACACAAAUCUGCAUGAAUUAAUUCAAAGGGUUGUGUGGUCUGUCUCUCUGACCUUGGAUAUGAGCAUGUCACAACCUUCGCCUGUUUACAUGCAUUGCAAUCUAAAAAUUUGUCACAGACAUUAAAUUUGCACCCUUGUGUCAGCUCUGGUGCUUUCUGGAGAUAUCUCCAAUUCAAAUGGGCGAAGCGUCGGUGCCAAAUAUGUGAACAACCAUGGUGGGGCGCUACAUUUACACAUUGGCCCUUCGCAUCUUCGGUGUCAUCUUCUCCUGUGGAAAAAGGCACAUUUACAGCAAACAAAUUAUCUUUAGACUGCACUGUGUACACGUGUUUCCCAUCCUUGGAGAAUUCACAUUUGUCACCUGCAAAAGAAAUUUGAAAACCAUCAAUCAAUAGAUCAUGCACACUUAACAAACAGUUAGUUAAACCGGGCACUGCAUAAGCUUUGACUUCAUGCUUAAGGAAAGGACAGAAGAACAGUCCUGUCUCUGUUAGCCUUUUUCUGCUUCCAUCUGCAAACUUAACAUACUUCUCAGUUUUUACUGUCCUGCAAUUCCUCAAAAGAUCAGCAGAUGGCACCAACGAAUUUGAGGCACCACUGUCAAUGAUUACAGUGAGAAAGUCUUGUUGUUUACAUUCCUGGGUCGCCAGGGCAACAAUCUCCUCACUACCCCCCUCCUUGGGGCUUCUGCAGAUGUCCUCUCUGGUUGUCACGGCAACAGACUCCCCCCGGCAGGAAGACUUGCCCACGACCUUCACAGCUUCCGUAGAUGCAACUCUCUCAGUUGCCAUGGAGACUGGACUUGUCUCGGCGUUCCCACACAACUCUGAAGCGCUUAUCUCUACUUGCUGCAGGUGGCUGACCUUGAAACCUCUAGCACUUUUCAGCUUCCCAGGCUUCGACUCACGACGUAAACAACUCUUGGCAGCUUUUGGAGAAAGAGGCGUCUCUGAGCUUUCACUGCUCACUGCCCCGCCCCACUGCUCAUGGGGUCUCGAAGACGUUUUCCUGCACCCCCUCUGAUGAAUGAAGGGCUCUCAACACUUGGCCUCUCUUCACACAGACACGUUGCAGCAUCCACACAGCUCCCAGGCUCAGCAAAAGCACAAGCAGCAUUGCUAGCAACAACAACAGCAACAGUCCCUUCGCCCCCCUGUGGGGGCUCCCAGCUCCUCCCAGCUGUGUAUUGGCACUCAAGAAUGUGGCCGGCACCAUCUUGCCUCUCCCUUUCGGAUGCAGCCACUUCUCGGCCCUUGCUUCCCACUCCAGCUCCACAAGCUUCUUGGAGUGCUAGCCAAGCGGCCUCUGGCUGUCUUGCACCCAGGACAAUAGGCACCAGAUGAGCAUCCACACUUUCUGCCAAAAAAAGCAAGCACACGCUUCUCAACUUCACUUUGCUCUGCAGCCCUAUUAGCCUCUGCUUUCCCAGCUGCAUUCUGUGUGGGGUGAAUUACAUUCCACAGCUGCUCCCCAACUAGCAAAAGCUCCACUUGAAAGCUCCACUGCAGCCAAUUUUGGCUAGUCAGUUUCUGACAUGGCAGUUUAAACUCAAAGCCAUGUUCACAGGGCUGAGCCAUUGCCUCCCUUCUGUUGGCUUUUCCAAAGGGUACUCACUAAGCCAAACUGGGAACUCCGGACGUCAUGGCUCUCAGCUCCCUCUCCGUCAGCCUCCUCCGAUCUGCCUCUUUGAAGUCUCGCUUGGCAGUCGAUCAAACUGACGAUCAGCAAAUAAAGCUUCAAAGCCCUUUCUCACAUGCUUCACGUUGACCCAUAACCAUGUUAGGUAGAUUUAUUGCUUUAUUGUUGGCGUCCGGCACGCUUCCCCUGCACUCCUCUGCAGGUCGUAAAGCAAUUAGCAGAAUUGCACAGCGUCCGUGUUGAAAGGGCAGUAAAAGAAGUCCCACACGUUUCUUCUUUCCUAAUAUCACUUUAUUUGCUCAAAAGUAGCAUAUUUACAAGCCAUAAACACCAUCUGAUUCAAGCUGCAUUUUGCGUCCUUCUCUCUCAGAGUGCAGCUGCGUAACUAAGCUGCUUUCACUUUUCACUCAGCUCACAGCAUUCCAAGCUGCUUUCGUCACAUCCUGGCUUACUUCCCUUGUAAGCGCCUCCUCUCAGCCUCGAGACACAGAAGGUUAACCCUUCACUACACCCAACACAAAUGUCUAAAUGCACUUUGCAAGAAAGACUUUUUCUAAGGCCCAUCUGUAGCCUGAAAUGCGCUGCUGAAGCUCUGAGAGACGCAGGAGCUGAUGGCUUCCCUUUGACUUUUGUCUCUCGCAGGUGACCGAAGGAUGCCCCCCAGACCUCCUCAUCCAUCUUUUCAUGAGAACGGAGGAGAAGCAGCAGCUGUGGAAACAGAUCUGGUAUGGGGAAAGAGCUUUGUGGGGAAAGAGUCAGAGGAGUGGGGCAGCCAGGGAGCCUCUGGGCCGGAAGGAAUUUCUCCUCCUCUUGGCUUCUGUCAAAGCCUCGGUCCUGAACAAAGAUGGACAGUGCCAUUGGAGAAGCUCUAUGUGCUGACAGGAAUGAACAGCCAUCUCUCCUUAGCUGGGCUUCGGAAUGUCACUAUUUUUAUGAUUUAUCAGUAGCUGCAGUUAUAUUUCUAUAUUGAUCUAAUCAGGCUUCUAAGCAGUUGAAAAGCUUCCAAGAAGUUGAGGAGCCAUAACAAACAGUGGCCGGGAUUCACCUCAGCAGCCCCAUCAGCUGCACAAGGGGAAUCCCCCUCCUCCUCCUCCUCCUCCUCCUCCUCCCCCUCUCUGUGCCCCCAUGAGCCCCUUGAAGUUGGCUGUAGGGCAGAGGGAGGGUCCCAUCGCCCCCCAAGCAUCGCACAGUGGGAGUAGAGAAGGGAGCAUUCUGUCUGGCAGACAGGAAUACUUCCACAGACAGAAUAAUUUGAAGAACACCAUGGGGAGUUCCACCCAUGCACACAAACAUUAAUACCCAUCAUUAAAAUGCACAGUAAAAUAAAUCAGUUGAAAUGCUAAAAUAGGCAUCCAGACCUAAAAUGUGCAGCAAAAUAAUCCCAUUAAAAGAACACAACAAGGAAUGGGCAGAAAUAACUGAGCAAUGUAUAGUGGAUAAUCUUUAUGCUGUCUCAGAAGAGGACCUUUUUCCUUUUCCUUCAGGGUCCUCUGUGCUUUGAAGAUGUCGCUGUGUAUUUCACAGAGGAGGAGUGGGCGUUGCUGGAUCCUGACCAGAGAGCUCUGCAUAAGGAAGUCAUGGAGGACAAUCGUAGGAUUGUGGACUCUCUCAGUAAGGCUUCCAGCUGGAUCAUAAUAUAUGUUUUGAAACACACACACACACACACACACACACCCCUACCUGUGAGAAUCCUGCAAUAUUUUGCUGGCGCUUGACAGCAUCUGGGAUUCUCCUUCCCCCAGCUCACCUUGAAUCUACUGUUCUGUCUGUGAAUAUUCUUGCCCUACAUAUGCCUUUUUAAACCAUGACCAGGCUGGUCUGAGCUGCCCAGACCUUCUUGAAUGUAACCUUCCAUGAUGUGGAUAGAAUUAGCAGCUUCUGUGAGGUUUUCUGUUUUUGCUUCUGUCGCUUUCUGGUUGACCAAAGAGACAACUGACCUUGCAGAUGGAGGAGAUUCCAUGAUUAGGCCAAACAAGAUCUAUCCUGCCAGAUGCCAGGCUGUUUGAAUCUCAGGUUCCCAUCAAUCUGUGUGUCAAGGAGAGUCAACAAAGGCAGUGAACCCUGUAGUAAGACCUCAGAUCUAACACCCUUCCGUUCUUCAUCUAUCACAAACAUUCAUUAGCAGUCUUCCAUAAUUUGGGGCUCCAUUUCAUCCUGAGGCUCUAAUCUGUUUCUCUCUUUGAUGCAGGUGGUGAUGGAUUGGAAAUUAUGAACAAGGGGAACCGUGACAACAUUCACACAGUGGGGAAGUUGUAUAAAUAUUUGGAGUGUGGAGAGAGUUAUAGUCUGAGCUCCCAUUCUACUUCCCAUAAAAUAUAUCCUACUGGGAAAAAUCGUUAUCGGUACUUGGAAGAUGGUAAGACAUUUCGUCAGAAAACAUUUCGCACUUUCCCUAAAAGACCUCACAGCAGGGAGAAACCCCAUCAGUGUUUGGAAUGUGGGAAGAGGUUCAGACACAGGCCUGGGCUCAAGGCCCAUAAAAGAAUUCAUACAGGAGAGAAACGCUAUAAGUGCUUGGAAUGUGGAAAGAGCUUCAGGCAGAAAGCUAAGCUCACAGAUCAUCAAAGAAUUCAUACAGGAGAGAAACCAUACAAGUGCUUGGAAUGUGGGAAGAGCUUCAGGCAGAAAGCUCUGCUCACAGAUCAUCAAAGAAUUCAUACAGGGGAGAAACCAUAUCAGUGCUUGGAGUGUGGGAAGAGCUUCAGUCAGAGGGGUCAUCUCACUUCCCAUCAAAGUAUUCAUACAGGGGAGAAACCCCAUCAGUGCUUAGAAUGUGGGAAGAACUUCACUAGCAAGAAUAGUCUCACUUUCCAUCAAAGAAUUCAUACAGGGGAGAAACCACAUAAGUGCUUGGAAUGUGGAAAGAGCUUCAGUUACAGGGCUACGCUCAAGGCCCAUCAAACAAUUCAUACAGGGGAGAAACCAUAUCAGUGCUUGGAAUGUGGAAAGAGCUUCAGGCAGAAAGCUCUGCUGAUAUCCCAUCAAAGUAUUCAUACAGGGGAGAAACCACAUAAGUGCUUGGAAUGUGGAAAGAGCUUCAGGCAGAAAACUCAGCUCACAGCUCAUCAAAGAAUUCAUACAGGGGAGAAACCAUAUCAGUGCUUGGAAUGUGGAAAGAGCUUCAGUCAAAAGAAUAGUCUCACUCCCCAUCAAAGAAUUCAUACAGGGGAGAAACCAUAUAAGUGCUUGGAAUGUCGGAAGAGCUUCAGUCACAGGCCUGCGCUCAAGAGCCAUCAAAGAAUUCAUACAGGGGAGAAACCACAUAAGUGCUUGGAAUGUGGAAAGAGCUUCAGUCACAGGCCUGGGCUCAAGGCCCAUCAAAGAAUUCAUACAGGGGAGAAACCACAUAAGUGCUUGGAAUGUGGAAAGAGCUUCAGUCAAAAGCCUAGUCUCACUUCCCAUCAAAGAAUUCAUACAGGGGAGAAACCAUAUCAGUGCUUGGAAUGUGGGAAGAGCUUCAGUCACAAGCCUAGUCUCACUUCCCAUCAAAGAAUUCAUACAGGGGAGAAACCAUACAACUGCUUGGAAUGUGGGAAGAGCUUCAGUCAAAAGCCUAGUCUCACUUCCCAUCAAAGAAUUCAUACAGGGGAGAAACCACAUAAGUGCUUGGAAUGUGGAAAGAGCUUCAGUCACAGGCCUGGGCUCAAGGCCCAUCAAAGAAUUCAUACAGGGGAGAAACCACAUAAGUGCUUGGAAUGUGGAAAGAGCUUCAGGCAGAAAGCUAAGCUCACUUCCCAUCAAAGAAUUCACACAGGGGAGAAACCAUAUCAGUGCUUGGAAUGUGGGAAGAAUUUUAGUCGGAAGGAUACCCUUACUUCACAUGAAAGAAUUCACUGA